GAGAGACGGUCCUGGUGUGGGAGGGCCCCGAGGAAGAAGUGGUUUUGGGGGGGAGCUCCAAGAGAGAGGAAGGGUCGUGGAGUGGGAAGGCUUGGCACAGAAGAGGGUUGCCAUGGGAGAAGGCCCAUGGGGAGAGGAUUUUCGUGUGGCCGAUACUCUGGAGGGGAGAACUCUGUGAUAUUUUGGGAAUUUGGCUAGGGACGCCUUCUAGGAAUGGGCACAGUUGUGGAUUGACCCUGGUGUAGAGAGAAGUGACUGGAGAAAGGGCUCCGGUCUCAGCGGCGGUGGCAGCCGAGGUGCAGGAUGCGAGAAGGCGCCCCCCGGCCGGGCUCCCGCUCCAGGCCUCGCUCCCUUGCGGCCCUCUGAGCCCACCAUGGCCGUCCCACCAGGCCAUGGUCCCUUCUCUGGCUUCCCGGGGCCCCAGGAGCACACGCAGGUAUUGCCUGAUGUGCGGCUGCUGCCGCGGAGGCUGCCCCUGGCCUUCCGGGACGCGACCUCGGCCCCGCUGCGCAAGCUCUCCGUGGACCUCAUCAAGACCUACAAGCACAUCAAUGAGGUAUACUACGCAAAGAAGAAGCGGCGGGCCCAGCAGGCACCGCCUCAGGACUCGAGCACCAAGAAGGAGAAGAAGGUCCUGAACCACGGCUAUGACGACGACAACCACGACUACAUCGUGCGCAGUGGCGAGCGCUGGCUGGAGCGCUACGAGAUUGACUCACUCAUUGGCAAAGGCUCCUUCGGCCAGGUGGUGAAAGCCUAUGAUCACCAGACCCAGGAGCUGGUGGCCAUCAAGAUCAUCAAGAACAAAAAGGCCUUCCUGAACCAGGCCCAGAUCGAGCUGCGGCUGCUGGAGCUGAUGAACCGGCACGACACGGAGAUGAAGUACUACAUAGUGCACCUGAAGCGGCACUUCAUGUUCCGGAACCACCUGUGCCUGGUGUUCGAGCUGCUCUCCUACAACCUGUACGACCUCCUACGCAACACGCACUUCCGCGGCGUGUCGCUGAACCUGACGCGGAAGCUGGCGCAGCAGCUCUGCACGGCGCUGCUCUUCCUGGCCACGCCCGAGCUCAGCAUCAUCCACUGCGACCUCAAGCCCGAGAACAUCCUGCUCUGCAACCCCAAGCGGAGCGCCAUCAAGAUCGUGGACUUCGGCAGCUCCUGCCAGCUCGGCCAGCGGAUCUACCAGUACAUCCAGAGCCGCUUCUACCGGUCGCCUGAGGUGCUCCUGGGCACACCCUAUGACCUGGCCAUCGACAUGUGGUCCCUGGGCUGCAUCCUAGUGGAGAUGCACACCGGAGAGCCCCUCUUCAGUGGCUCCAAUGAGGUGGACCAGAUGAGCCGGAUUGUGGAGGUGCUGGGCAUCCCACCAGCCCCCAUGCUGGACCAGGCGCCCAAGGCUCGCAAGUACUUUGAACGGCUACCUGGGGGUGGCUGGACCCUACGAAGGACAAAGGAACUCAGGAAGGAUUACCAGGGCCCCGGGACACGGCGGCUGCAGGAGGUGCUGGGCGUGCAGACGGGCGGGCCCGGGGGCCGGCGGGCGGGGGAGCCGGGCCACAGCCCCGCCGACUACCUCCGCUUCCAGGACCUGGUGCUGCGCAUGCUGGAGUAUGAGCCCGCUGCCCGCAUCAGCCCGCUGGGGGCUCUGCAGCACGGCUUCUUCCGCCGCACGGCUGAUGAGGCCACCAACACGGGCCCGGCAGGCAGCAGUGCCUCCACCUCGCCCGCACCCCUCGACACCUGCCCCUCCUCCAGCACCGCCAGCUCCAUCUCCAGCUCUGGAGGCUCCAGUGGCUCCUCCAGUGACAACCGGACCUACCGCUACAGUAACCGAUACUGUGGGGGCCCUGGGCCCCCCAUCACUGACUGUGAGAUGAACAGCCCCCAGGUCCCAGCCUCCCAGCCGCUGCGCCCCUGGGCAGGAGGUGACGUGCCCCACAAGACGCAUCAGGCCCCUGCCUCCGCCUCCUCACUGCCCGGGGCCGGGGCCCAGUUACCCCCCCAACCCCGAUGCCUUGGCCGUCCCCCAUCACCAACCUCACCACCACCCCCAGAGCUGAUGGAUGUGAGCCUGGUGGGCGGCCCUCCGGACUGCUCCCCGCCUCACCCAGCGCCUGCCCCUCAGCACCCGGCUGCCUCAGCCCUCCGGACUCGGAUGACAGGAGGUCGUCCACCCCUCCCACCCCCUGAUGACCCUGCCACUCUGGGGCCUCGUUUGGGCCUCCGUGGUGUACCCCAGAGCACGGCAGCCAGCUCAUGACCCUGCCCCCUCCCUGGGGCCCCUCCUGAAGCCAUACCCCCCCAUCUGGGGGCCCUGGGCUCCCAUCCUCAUCUCUCCCCUUGACUGGAAUUGCUGCUACCCAGCUGGGGUGGGUGAGGCCUGCACUGAUUGGGGCCUGGGGCAGGGGGUCAAGGAGAGGGGUUUAGGCGCACCCUCCCCACUAAGGACUGGACCCUUAGCCCCCUUCCCCCCUUGUUUUCUAUUUAUUGUACCAAAGACAGUGGUGGUCCAGUGAGGGGAGACCCCCCUCACCCAAGGGCCCUAGGAGGGGGUGGGGGCAGGUAGGGGGAGAUGGCCUUGCUCCUCCUUGCUGUACCCCCCAGUAAAGAGCUUUCUCACAU